GUUACUCCCCAGCUAAUGCCGGUACUCAUUUAUACUCCUGGGUGGAGAGAGGCAAGUGGGGUGAAGUGGCUUGCCCAAGGACACAAUAUAUGGCCGGUUACCGUGAAAAGAGACACUAAUUCGGUCCGGGCAGAGGCAACCGUCUGAUUAGAUAUCACGUCAUUUAUACUGAUAACGUUUUUCGAAAAUCUGAAGCGGUCUUGAUAAAUCUUUCCGACUCACAAGUCAAAAGUGGCAUCAACAAACUCAACCAUUGACACAAGUAUCUUCACGUGAAAGGCCAAGCAAGAUGGCGGUGAUUUGGAUCCAAGUUUUACUGAUCAGCCUCCUCACCGUCCUUGGUGUCGACUGCCAACCGAAGGUUGCCUUGCCCGGCCUAGGUACCCUCAUCGGCGAGACGGUCCAUUUCUCACGGACCGAGUACCCCAUCAUCGAUACCUCCGUCAACAUCUUCAAGGGGAUACCGUACGCCGAGAAGCCGGACCGGUUCGCUAAACCCCAAGCCAAGGUCUGGUCCGGUGAGUUUGAUGCUACCGAGUUCGGAGCUAAAUGCACCCAGCCGCUAGAGAUAGACGGAACGAGUGAGGAUUGCCUGUAUCUCAACGUGUGGGCACCGAGUGUCAAACCGAGUAAUGCAGCGGUGAUGGUGUUUUUCCACGGCGGUGGAUAUUUGACUGGGGCCGGCAACAGUUACAACGGCUUACCGCUGGUUGCCUACAACGACAUCGUCUAUGUCUCGUGCAACUAUCGAUUGAACUCGUUCGGGUUUAUCAGCACAGGCGAUGCAGAGUUGCCCGGGAAUUACGGUCUCUGGGAUCAAGUCGAGGCACUGAAAUGGGUCAAGAAAUACAUAUCAGAGUUUGGAGGAGACCCUAACAGGGUCACGAUUUUUGGGCAGAGUGCCGGGUCCGGAUCCGUGAGCAUGUUGACGAUGGGCAAACCGGCUUGGGAGUACUAUGACAGGGCAAUCGCGCAGAGUGGUAGUGCCUUGUCCCCGUGGGUCAUCGAGUUGGACCAGGACAAAGCCAGACAGGACGCCUUUGAGGUUGGGAGGAACGCCGGUUGUAACGACACCCGAUCGAGCGCUGAUUUGGCCGCUUGUCUGAGGAAUGUUGACGAGGUCCGGCUGCGCGUCGCAACAACAUUGGUAAUCGCUAAAACACGGAACGUCAUCCCGUUUGUUCCUGUCGUGGACGGUGAGUUCAUCACAGACAAUCCAAUCAACCUUCUUAAACGGGGCGAAUUCAAAAAGAGCGAUUUUAUGACCGGAACAACAAGAGACGAGGGGUCGCUACUGGCAGCCAGGGCUUUUCUGCGAAUGCUCAACGACUCCGACCCAUUCGUGAAUCGGACAGAGUUCGAAACCAAACUCGGCACCUACGUCUACAGCUACACAAACGAUUUAAUUUUGAACGCUGUCAAACAGCAGUACGUUGAUUGGGCCACAGCUGACGAUCCGGAUACCAACUUCUUCGAGACCUUUGUUCGCAUCACUACGGACGAACCAUUCGUGUGCCCUACAGACGCAGUGGCUAGAACGUAUGCGGCGGCGGGAGAAGACACGUACCUUUAUCACAUGACGCAUGUACCGUCUGAUCGCAACUUUGGUGAGCGUGUACCAUGGACGGGCAUUGUUGCUCACGCGGAUGAAUUGCUCUUCGUCUUUGGCUUCGGGUUGCUGCCGGGAAGAGACAAGAACAUCACGGCGGAGGAAGUGAGCAUGACGAUGGACACGAUGCGAUACUGGACCAAUUUCGCCAAAACAGGCAAUCCCAACACAGCGUAUCCUAACCAAGCCGAUGGCGUAGACGAUGCCAAGUUGUGGGCACAGUUUACCAUACCGGAGCUGGGGUACAAAGAAGUCGCGCCGGCCAUGAGAGACCAACGGGCACUAAGAAGCGCUCAGUGUCGUUUCUGGAAUGAAUAUAUCCCUCAACUGGUAACACUUACAGGUGAAAUGGAAGAGGCGGAAUGGCAGUGGCGGGAAGACUUCUAUAACUGGCGGGAAAAUGACAUGGCAGUUUGGCGCCAAGCGUACUCUGAGUACAUGCAAAUGGUGGAAGGUGGAACCGUGUAGCUUCAUAAUAUCAACAUGAGCAAAAUUAGCUUGUCAAAUUGGGUUUUUCUCAUCACCGACGUACUUAAUAAACAAUGAAGAGACUGUACUGCCACACUAUUGAUUUAAUACGACGGUCAUGGGAAAAACCCAAUACUGAUUCUAAAUCUCCACAACGGAAAAUUCCAUCUUAUAAAAUGCACAAAUAUUCCAUGAAUUCGAUGUUGUAAGCUCAGCGGAUGUAUAGUUCUGGCGGUGUUGUGUCCACAUUCAUUUUGCUCUUGUCACACUUUGUACACGAUGUCGCUCAAUUUGGCUUAAGUGUUUAGAAUGUAGAAUUUACGUUUUAGCGUGAUUAAAAAAAGUCCAAAUAAACCAGAAAAAAAAUCGUUUGUAAUGUACAUAAAUCGGGUCCAAAGAUUUGUACCUGAGCCGGGAACAGACAGCCGGGUAUUUCAUUUAGAAUUGACAUUCAUUUUCAUAACACAAAAACAUUGAUUUAAAAAUGUCUUAUCAAUGGUUCAAUAAAGCUUAUCUACUAAGUCUAUUCGAUCACAUAUUGACAUUAAUAACAGAGGUUAAUACUGAACGCACAUAGUGGGUUGCUUAGCAACCAACCUUUAACGUCAGCCUACCCAGGCAUGGAAAUGUUCGUGCAUGGUUCAGUGUCAUUAAUGUUGGGUCCAAUUGUUUUCGUGUCCCUGUAAUAUCUGAUAUAAGAUGUUGUUAAUCUGGGACACAUUCUUUUAUGCCUUCUUUAUCUCCAAGAGUGAUUAUGCAAAGCAAAGGGUACAGUCUAUUUUGUAGACCAUGAUACUUAUUACACACGUCAGGUGUAACAGGGACACAACAUGUCACAUUUCUGGACCCCAAAUUUUAAGGAAUUGUCCUUUACAGAGACGCUGUAUUUCACAAAUUACUUAAAAUGUUUUCAGGCUGGGGACAAAAUUCGUAAUGUUUCCACCAUUAUGAUAUUUUAUUACGUCUUCAUUGCCUUCAUAUAGGCCCUAUAUAUAUUUCCUUACCUUGUAAUGAGCACUAAUAUUUUGUUAAUAUCGAGGGCUCUUAUGCCUUUGUAUUUGACACUGGUGUAUCCCUGCUAAUAGGUAGCGCGUUGUACGCGGACAUCUGUAUUGGUCUUGCGACUGCCUGCGUUUAGUUGUGUGUGUAAGUAUUAUCGGUGGAAUAAAAUUACUGCAAAAACGAAAGCAAACAUUGUACACGACAAAACGAUUGCACAUGUAUUUCUUUGAUAAUUAGUAAUAAACUGCGGGUUUGUAAUUGGGGAUGAUUGUAUUUUUUCCCCGAAAAUAAUAAACAGACCUAAAGAGAUUAUUUUGAAAUAUAAAAUUA